ACAGAGUCUGUGGUGUUGUGUGUAUUGAGUGAAUGAAUGAGUUUUAUAUGCAUUUUGUUUGUAAUAAACUGUAAUCUAAACCAUAAUUAAUGUGAAUGUAAUUGAGUUUUAUUGACACGGAUUUGCAUUCAUUUGUAUAAAUCGUUUGUUUAAUUCAUUUCAUUAUUAAAUAGUUCUCAAAAAGUGAUCGCAAAUAGCAUUUGAUUGCAAAUCCAAUUCAUUAUAUUUAUUGUGAUUAUUGUGUGAAUUAAUAGGAAAAAUACAUAAACAAAAUGGGAAACGAAGCCUCGCUUCCGAUGGAAAUGUGCUCUAAUUUCGACGCGGACGAGAUCAAGAGACUCGGCAAACGCUUCCGCAAACUCGAUCUCGACAAUAGCGGCUCCCUUUCCGUCGAUGAGUUCAUGUCUUUACCAGAACUUCAACAGAACCCUCUCGUCCAACGGGUGAUCGACAUCUUCGACACCGACCGCAACGGAGAGGUCGACUUCAAAGAGUUCAUUCAAGGCGUGUCUCAAUUCAGUGUUAAGGGCGACAAAGAAUCAAAGCUUAGGUUCGCAUUUCGUAUCUACGAUAUGGAUAACGACGGCUUCAUAUCGAACGGAGAGCUGUUCCAAGUGUUGAAAAUGAUGGUCGGAAACAAUCUGAAAGACACACAAUUGCAGCAAAUAGUGGACAAAACGAUUGUGUUUGCGGACAAGGAUGAAGACGGCAAGAUCUCCUUCGAAGAGUUUUGUUCCGUUGUAGGAAAUACUGAUAUUCAUAAGAAAAUGGUAGUCGACGUCUAGGUCUGGGCGGACAGUCUCUGUUCACCUCUUCUUAUACAAAGACUUUGUGUUAAUAUUUUGCAUCAAUCAAUGAGAACAUCAUUUAUACCAUUAAAAUAUCUUUUGGAUUGCAUUUUGUGUUCGUUUGGCCAAAAAACAACUGAAACUGAGAGAAAAUAUAAUCGGAUAUAAUUUAAGGCAAAGGUUUUGACAAGUUUUUCGUUUUGUUAAAUCAUUUUUCGAUUUCAUAACAAUUAUUGUAAUUCUAAUUAUUCGCUAAAUUCUUGUAUUUUUCCAUUUAAUACAAAACUCUUAAUCUAUAACUUAAUACCCGAUCCUUUUGAAUGCGAUUAGCAUUUUGUGUCACUUUUUAAUAUAAAACAAAUUUUCGGACAAUUGGUUAAUGAAUUAAUAGAUUAUAUAUAUUAUAAUAUGAGAGUCAGACAAACAAUAUAUGAAUUAUACUGUGUUUUGGCCCCAAUAUUGCCUUUGAAACUCUUUGAGAAGGUUUGGUCACUAUUGUAAUGAUAUAUUUGUUGGCUUUUAGUAUAUUUAUUGUUAAACUUAUUUACAAUUGAAGACAAUGUCGAGCGAAAGCACAACCGAUUGGAGGCAUAAUUAUACUUCCUUUUAGUUUCAUUUAGUUUAAAACACAAUUCAUUUUAAAUAAUUGUUUCAAUAUUUUCUAACCAAUCAAUGAAUGUCUAAUUGAAACGAUUUUUAAAUUAGAAACAAAAUAUUUUUACCCAAAUAUUAUGAUUGAAUAAUGGAUUUAAAUUUGCAAACAUUUAGAAGACAUGC